AUGUUCAAGUCCCCUCAAGAGGCCCGUCUUUCUGCUAUGCUCCGCUCAGUGCUUAUCUUACUGUAUGGCUUUGCUCUGGUCACCUCCUUUGGGUUCGACCCAUACGCAUUCAUGAAGAACUCAAGUACUCCUUGCUUGACGCCUACUUUCAAAAUCACCUUGUUCGAUACUCUCAAGCCGCCAACACCGGACUCGUGUCAGACCUUUUGCCGUACAAGACUUCAAGAGCACAUCUGGGCUGUCAAGAGGACGCCGGAAUAUUGUAUUCACAGGCAAAGCAGAGCUUCUCAGACCCCAUGGGAGGUUGUGUACUGGAUGCCCAAGUUUGUUUCUCUCGGGAUCUUCAACGAAACUCCGAUUAUCUUCAAUGGCGUCCCAGAGGCCAUAGAGUAUUAUGAAGAAUGCCACUGUGAAGCGCUGAUGACAAUCGCGCGCACUUACCACACCCAUCCCUCUCAAAUGCCAGCUUGGCCCCUUGAAAGGUACAAGUGGCAACAGCCAACUGAACUACCAAGUGCGGAAACGAAGUGCAGCAUGUAUAAGAUGAGCUUGCGCCUUUCGCUCAAUGCGUGGAUUGCCACACCCAGGCUACUGUGGUCGAGACCGGCAAACGGCUGGCGCUUCAGUGCAUGCGAUUCGACAGAAAAUGUUCGCUACGGUUUACCUCCAAGGGUGGUCAUCGCAUUCAACCUUACCUCCCUUUCACUGAAAGACUUCAUCCCAAAACCCGAGAUUGCUUGCGCGUUCGCAUUCCCAACUAUUUAUUUCAUCAUGAACACUUACAGAGAUCUUGUGAGGAGGGCUGGUGGACGGCGUCUUCUGGCAUCGUCUACAGAGGAACUUCAGGGCUCCACGUCACCGGCUCAAACAUUUUACUCGCAACUACUCAAAUGCUCGCCUCUGGGUGACGAGGAACUGGAGCAAAUUAGAGCUUUAUCCCCACAACUGCUUGAAGAGCUUUUGAGUCUUAUUUGGGAGCAGAUGCCACGCUGA